GCUGUGGGUCCCCUAUAUCUCCUCCGGUUGGGGGUGGGAGUAGAGGCGGUGGGUGCUGGGAGUGGGACAGCCCCAAGGGCCCUCAGAGGGGCGGCUGCAUUUGCUCAUAGGAAGUCCGAGGCACCAGGGACCUUCCAGGCCCGGGACGAGGGGCGGUCGCAGCGGCCCGGCCAAGGUCAGAGCCAGCUUCUCCGGAGACAGUCCAGCCCUGCCCUCAGCAGGGAGGUAACCACACCCCCUGCGAAGCAGGCAGAACCAGCCCGGAGGAGCCGUGCAGAGCCCCCUCCUCCCAGGAGGCCUGAGGGGGACCUGCGGCUCCAGGGGUCCUCGCCGCCCCCAAGAACGUCAGCCAGGACUUCUGAGAGGGAGCGGCGAACAGAGAAACCUCCAGAGAGAGGCCGAGCAGGCCCAAGACAGCCUCUGGGGGGGUGGCAGAGUCAGGAGGAGCUGCCUGGGGCCCCGUGUCCUCACAGACACGUGGAAAGAGGCUGGAGCAGCCAGGAGGAGGGCCCAGGCCUGGGGGGCUGGCAAGGACCUGGGGAGCCCAGCGGGGGCACCACCAGAGCCCUGGAGGGGACAUGGAGGGGCCCUCUCAGGGAGUCUGGGGAGAGCUGGGGGCAGUCAGAGGCCUGGGAGAAGCCCCCCAGUAAUGGGCUGCAGAAGCCCCCUGACCGGCCAGCUCAAAGGGGCCGGGGCGCUCUGCAGGAGCUGUUCGGUCCUCCCCAGCCGAUGAGCCGCCCAGAGGACACCCGGGAAGGCCCCGCAGAGUUCUCGAACUCCCGGAGGCCUGAGACAGCCGCUGCUAUGGGCCGGGGACCUGAGGGCGCAUGCCCACACCUGCACGGCCCUGAGAGGCGCCUCGAGCUUGACUGGAGGGACCUGCUGAGCCUUCUUGGGAUGCCCAGAGAGGGGGCCUGGGACCGCACAGAGGAGCCAACGUCUGCUUCCCGUCUUCCAAGGCUGGACUGGGAAGGCCUCCUGCAGCUCCUGCAGGCCCAGCUGCCCCGAAAGGACCCGGCUGGACACUGGGGUGGCCCAGCCACAGCUCCAGGGCCAGAGCUGGGUUCCCCAGGCACAAAGGACGCCCUUGAACGAGAGCAACAAAGCCAGCCUGCCGGCUGGGCAGAAACCGCCCUCGUCAAUGGACACAGCCCCGAGCAGUGUCCUGCCUGCAUCUCCACCCAGUGGCCAAAGACCAAAGCAACGGGCGGACCAGAGACCUCAACUAUAGCUGGUCUGGAGACGAGCCCGCUGGGGAGUAGGAGCCCUGCAGAAGGCCCCAGCUCAGCAGACUGGGAGUUCCAAUCAAAGGAGCCUGAGGAGUCAGAACCGAGAGGAGACUCAUUGACUGACCAGAAGCAGGCAGACUCGGCAGACAAGAGGCCAGCGGAGGCCAAGUCUGGGAGCCCGCUCAAGGGCCGACUGGUGACCUCAUGGCGGAUGCCCGGGGACCGGCCCACGCUGUUCAAUCCGUUCCUGCUCUCCCUGGGGGUCCUCAGGUGGCAAAGGACAAGAAAAUGA